AUGGAUCCUCAUCCGCCUUUCGGCCACGCGUUGCGGACAUCGUGUGAUAAGUGUAGGGCUGCAAAGGUGAGAUGCCAGAGGGAAGGCCAGAGCUGUGCUCGGUGCCUACAACGAGGCGAUGAUUGUGUCACAACUUUCCAUCCCCGAAAGACAUCAAAACCAGACAGGCGAGGAAAGAUCCUAGAUAUGGAAAGCCGGAUUGAGCGUAUGGAGUCGAUCUUGGCCGCGUCAGGCCUCGCAAGUGAGGCUGCCACUCCUGCCACUACUGGUACAUCAACUGAUCUGGAUGACCAACUCUCAAUGCUAUUACUUCAUGAUGAGGGUUCCUCUACUUUUAUUGGCUCAGCUUCGAGUCUCUCUCUUUUCUCUCCUGCUGGAUUACAGUGGAUAUCCAGUAGAACUAAUUCCUCGGACCUAUCGGAUCUCAUCCUGAGGCGAAUACAAGCAUGCCCUCCUUUUCAUGAAUCACUCCGCGUAUGGCAGGGCCUAGACUAUCGAGGACAAGUGCCAAUUCCACCUAAGCAUCUUGCUGAUUCAUUUGUCGCAUAUUUUUUUGACGUCCUUAAUGAUGUUAUACCUUUGUAUCGAAGGGAUAAGUUUGAAGUUCUGUACGAACAGCAGUAUACUUCUUGCCCCCCCAAGAGCACAUCUUGGUAUGCCUCGCUCAAUGUAGUACUCGCGCUUGGCUGCCUGCUAUCGCACGAGGAGAAUAUGAGUGCGAGUGCUGGAAGCUCAAUGCUAGCGCCCACUACUGCAGUAGACUACCUACGGAAUUGCUGGAAUGUUUUCGGUGAGUUAUCUCUCAGCUGCAGGGAUCUUAUGGCGGUUCAAGCGUUGGUGGGAAUGGCCUUUAUCACAGAAAUUCUUCUUGACAAAGAAGCUUCAUACAUUGCUUUAGGAGCUGCAGUACGGGUUGCUACUUCACUUGGCUUGCAGCAACAGUUGAAGGACCCUCGCCUUUCACCGCCGGAGGUCUCUGAGCGAUAUAUUAUCUUCUGGUGCAUGUACUCUCUCGACAAAAGCCUCAGCCUUAGGUUAGGAAGGCCACCAGCCAUUGAUGAUAGAGAUAUAGAAAUCGAUGUUCCGGACGAGCGGCAGUUGGCCGUUACAAACCCCAGGACUGCUGUCUUGCUCUUGGCGCACAUAAACCUUAGCAGAAUUGCUAGUGAGGUUUAUUCGGAACUAUAUAGCGCUCGCUCAAGGAGAUACCCGGCUUUGAAAAGAUUUCGAACUAUAUCUGAGCUGGAUACGAAACUUCAGGAGUGGUGUCGAUCUCUACCAGUAGACGUCCAACCAGGAAAGCCACUCGUUUGCUCCAAGGAAAACUAUGGCUUUCCCAAGAGGACCAUGCUAGUUGGUCUCACGCUGUAUCAUUCACUCUCAGCGUUCAUUAUUCUUUUCGCCAAUGUUAUUCAGAAUCCCGGCGAUUCAUAUAUCACUGAAGACGUUCAGCUUCUGGGAGUCAUCCUCGAUUCCCUGUUCCCCAGUCUUCAAGCCAGUGGAACGUUUCUGCCCAAUUUAGUCUAUGAGAUAUUUAGCAAAAUGAGGUCAAUGGCAGUGGAGUAUGUGGAAAAGGUGCAUGUUGAAUUGAAAAACGUAUCGAAGCGGCCACGUCGAGAUUCUGAUGAGGCGGCCAUGCAUCUCCCCCAUUGCCCUGCAGCAAAUAACCAUGUCCAGCCGCGCAACAAGGGUGCUAUCUCCACGGCUGAUACACACCGGACAACCGCAAGGUAUAAUGCGAGCUUGAAUCUUACGGAACCUGCCAGCUUAACCGAAACAGAGUUACCGCACGAAUUAACUUCUAAAGAUAACGCAUGGGAAUCCUUGUAUAACGAUCUUGAUGAUCUACCAACAGAUGAGAUGCCGUCCGAGCAGCAUCCUUAUCAUGAGAACUAUAACAUGGGAUUCUUUGCUGAGUCGUUACCCGGCUCUGUUCCUUUCAUACCGUGGUCGUUGGAUUUCGAUUUAACUGAUCUUUGGCAGUAUGGGAAACAAGAUUUAUUUGAAGGACGCUCCAGGGAGUAG